AUGGCCACAGUCCCAGGACAGCUAGUGUGGGAGAUCGUGAAGAGAAACAACUGUUUUUUGGUGAAACAGUUCGGUAGAGGCAAUGCCAAGGUUCAGUUCAGCAAGGAGAGCAACAACCUCUGCAACCUCAACUCUUACAAACACUCUGGUUUGGCAAACAAGAAGACGGUGACCAUUCAGAUAGCUGACAAGGAGCAAGGCGUGGUACUUGGAACCAGCAAGACCAAGAAGCAAAACAAGCCUAAGCUAUCUGUUAACAAGUCUGUCCUCAAGAAGGAGUUCCCCAGGAUGGCCAAAGCUGUUGCCAACCAGGUUGUGGACAACUACUACAGGCCUGAUUUGAAGAAGGCAGCACUUGCUAGGCUCAGCGUGAUCAGCAAAGGUCUUAGAGUCGCCAAGUCUGGCCCCAAGAGAAGGAACAGACAGGCUUAA